UCAUUGUGUAUAGCGGCUGGGGGUGCCAAAUUAGGCUCCUACAUUUGUCACUUCAAGCUAUGGUGCAAAUUUCAGCCAAAUCUGAGACACUUUGGUUUUAGUGGAAAAAUUUUCAAAAAUUGUCAUGGAUAUUUAAGAUCUCUGAACGUAUGGUCGGAUUUGGUACUAAAUGAUAGAUGAGAUCUACUGAAACUUUACAAUAUUAUUAUAAAUAUAAUCAUAUUUAUAAAUUUAUCAUAUGUUCAUUUGGUGCAAUCAAACACAUUCCUCAAUUUUUAUUUUCUCCAUUCUUCAUCGAGCUUUUUUUGAGGUUUAUUUUCAACUCAAAGUUGUUUUGAAUUUAUUUUUGCUUCUGUACAUUAUCUUCAUAGAUAAAUACCAAAGAUACUACAAACUUCUUAAAAUGACCGAAGUAGAUGACACUCUGAAAAGAAUUCAAUCCCACAAGGGAGUAGUGGGAACAAUUGUUAUUAAUGGAGAAGGAGUUCCAAUCAGAUCAACACUGGAUAACACCAUGACAGUUCACUAUGCGGCAGUCAUCACUGAGAUAAUAGAGAAGACAAGGAAUGGAGUCAGGGACUUGGAUCCCACAAACGAACUGACAAUACUGCGAAUUCGUACAAAAAAACACGAAAUCAUGAUCGCACCUGACAGUGAAUUUAUGAUGAUAGUUAUACAAGAACCCGUUGAAUAAAAACAUUCAUUUUUUUA